AAUCACUGAGGUUCGUAAGAGAAGAAGAGGUGGCUAAUCUAGUUAGAAAGGUGUGUGCCAAUGAAGGAUCGAUUUUGAACCUCAGCAAGGAAAUUGAGUCGGUGAUGAAUGUAAUAAUUGCCAGAGCAUCAAAUGGCAAAAGGUGCAAAGACCAAGAAGCGUUCAUAUCAGCCAUGGAGCAAGUGUUGCAGCUGUUGGGAGGCUUCUCCAUUGCUGAUUUCUACCCUUCAAUCACAGUGCUUCCUUUUCUUACAGGAAUCAAAACUAAACUUGAAAGAGCGCAGAGAGAGAAUGACAAGAUCCUAGAAAAUAUGCUGAAGGAUCACAUGGAAAAAAAUACCAACAGCCAGAAGGAGAUGCAAGAGGAUUUCAUUGACGUUCUUCUCAAAACACAAAAAAGAAAUGACCUGGAAAUUCCCUUGACUCACAACAACAUUAAAGCUGUCAUCUGGGACAUGUUUGUGGGUGGGACUGCAGCACCGGCAGCAGUUGUAGUAUGGGCAAUGUCAGAACUGAUGAGAAAUCCUGAGGUAAUGGAGAAGGCACAGAGCGAGGUGAGAAAGGUGUUCAAUGAGAAAGGAUUUGUGGAUGAAGCAGAACUUGGAGAGUGUGAAUACUUAAAUUCAGUGAUGAAAGAAACAAUGAGGCUGCAUCCUCCAGAGGCAUUGUUAGUUCCAAGAGAAAACAUUGAGGCUUGUGUGAUCAAUGGAUAUGAAAUCCCUGCAAAGAGCAAGGUCAUUAUCAAUGCUUGGGCCAUUGGUAGAGAUCCAAUGUAUUGGAAUGAAGCAGAGAGAUUUCUGCCUGAGAGAUUUCUUCAGAGUUCUUAUGAUUUCAGUGGCACGCACUUUGAAUACAUCCCUUUUGGGGCUGGAAGGAGAAUUUGUCCAGGAGCUGCAUUUUCCGUGCCUAACAUGUUGCUGUUACUGGCCAAUUUGCUUUACCAUUUUGUUUGGAAGCUGCCAUAUGGAACCAAUCACCAAACAUUCGACAUGUCGGAGUCCUUUGGCCUUACUGUUCGAAGAGCAAAUGAUCUUUGCUUAAUUCCCAUCCUUUAUUAUCACCCUUCCACAAUUGCCUAUCAGUAAAACUUUCGCGCUUUAGUAUUUUGGCUAUUUAAGAAAUAAGUAAUGAUAACAGGACACACUUUUACAUUCAUUUGACACAAGCU